AUGAGUUUUCCUCCCCCAGCAACCUCGGUGAAGCUUGUACUACUCGGCGAAGCCGCCGUUGGCAAGUCAUCGUUGGUUUUACGUUUUGUGAGCAAUGAUUUCCAAGAAAACAAAGAGCCCACCAUUGGUGCUGCUUUCUUAACACAAAAGUGCACCAUUGGCGACCGAACUAUUAAAUAUGAAAUCUGGGACACCGCGGGGCAAGAACGGUUUGCCUCCUUGGCCCCCAUGUACUACAGAAACGCCCAGGCUGCGUUGGUCGUUUACGACAUCACCAAACCCGCAUCGUUCAUCAAGGCCAGACACUGGGUCAAGGAAUUACAUGAACAGGCCUCUAAGGACAUAACCAUUGCACUUGUUGGAAACAAGUAUGAUUUGGUGGCUGACGAGAACGAUGCAGACGACUCAUUGCGGAAAGUGAGUGUAGAAGAGGGCCGUGCGUUGGCCGAGGAGGAGGGCCUUUUGUUCUUCGAAACCUCGGCAAAGACGCUGUACAAUGUCAACGAGGUGUUUGUUGCCAUUGGAAGCAAGAUUCCUGAGCUGAAGACGGUAGCAGAAGAGUCGCGUCCUGCUGAGGGUGGACGUAUUGAUUUGAGUGGGGCUGGGCAGCGUCCUGCCGCCUCCGACUGUGCAUGUUAA